AUGACUGUAACAUCAGGCUUCGUUUCUCACCCAUUCCCCAUACCACACGGUUCUCCCUUCCCAGUAUCAAAUAUACCUUUCGGCAUUUUCAGCACUUCAGAGGACCCCACGCCACGCCCAGGAGCAGCGAUUGGUGACUAUGUGAUCGAUUUAUUCCGAGUCGCAAACCGUGGUGCUCUGGCCGUUGAGCAAGCCAAUGGAGUAGAAAAUAUCUUCCGCGAGCCGACGCUCAACCGCUUCGCAGCGCUUCCUCGUCCUGUCCGGUCCAAGAUACGGAAGGACAUCCAGGGGCUGAUUGAAAAUGCGGAUUCACCAUUAUACAACCAAAUAGAACAGCCCAAGCUACUAAUUCCAAGAGCAGGAGUAUCAAUGCACCUCCCAUUCUCCAUGGGCGGUUUCACAGACUACACCUGCUCUCUAGAGCACGUCGUGAAUGUUGGUCGCGUAGCAGGCUUCGGCGAUGUACCCCCCAGCUUCCGCAAGCAACCGUUAGCAUACAACGGCCGCGCCUCAUCGGUCGUCGCCAGUGGCACGCCGAUCCAGCGACCAUACGGCGUCGGCUCUGACGGACUUUACCCCUGCCAGAAACUGGACUAUGAGGUCGAACUUGGCAUGUUCGUCUCUACGAAGAUACCUAUUGGUGAACUCAUUCCGGCGUCCCGCGCCCGAGACUAUAUAUUCGGCUUCGUUCUGCUGAAUGACUGGAGCGCAAGAGAUGUGCAGUUCGCAGAGAUGAUCCCCCUGGGACCGUUCAACGGUAAGAGCUGUGGAACCAGCAUCUCUACCUGGGUCGUGACGAUGGAUGCGCUUGAAGAAGCGGGCGCCAUCGGUCCCGCCAAAGCGGAUGUUGCUACCGAGGGGAAGUUCACGGCGAAUCCUUUCUUACAAUGUGCGGAAGAUGUCUCGAUAGAUGUCUCUACGUUUAUCUCUAGAGGGGAUAGCCAUCGGACUCCCAUCAGCAGAAGUAACUUGAAGCAUACAUACUGGUCACCAUUCCAGAUGCUUGCGCAUCAUACCUCGGCGGGCUGUGGUCUUGCCCCUGGGGAUCUGAUUGGAACAGGGACACUGUCCUCCUCUGCCAAGCAGGCAAGCGAGGAUCUGGAGCAAGCGUCUACGGGUCUAGGUCGGCUUGGGUGCAUUCAUGAAUUGACGGCUGGAGGGAAGACACCGGUUCAACUUGCAAAUAACGUGUCACUGGGCUGGCUGGAGGACAACGAUGAGAUUACGAUAGAGGGAUGGGUAGGCGAGGGAAAUUCUCGCAUCGGCUUUGGUCAGGUCACCGGUAGAAUUGCUCCUGUUGCGCAGGCACCGGGAAUGGUUACAGCUGCUUCUACCUGA